AUGCUGCGGGUCCCCAGGGGAGUGUCCCCCUCCCCGGGGAGGGGGGGUACCGCCCUCCCGCCUCCCCCUCCCCACCGCCACCCGAAGAAGGUCAUGUCAGUGACGGUCUCCUGUGAUCCGGGGGCUCCCAGCCUGGGCAGCCCCCCGUUAUCCGCAGGGUGUUUCACCCAGGUCUACACGCCAGCGGCUGUCAGCGCCCCCGCUUUGCGGGGCGGGUGCCUCUGUGACACCCCCCAAGGUCCCGAGCUCAGGACCCUCUGUUCGGCCUCGGCGGGACGGCUGCCGGCCAAGAGGAAGCUGGACCUGGAGGGCCCUGAAUUUCGCACGCCCAAGGGGAAGGGCUGGACACUGGCACAGGUCCCCAGCCCCAGGACCCCCAAGUCUCCUGGGGAGAAGACUCGCUACGACACCUCACUGGGGCUGCUCACCAAAAAAUUCAUCCAUUUGCUGAACGAGUCUCCUGACGGUGUUGUGGAUCUGAACCGAGCUGCCGAGGUGCUGGAGGUCCAGAAGCGUCGCAUCUACGACAUCACCAACGUACUGGAGGGCAUCCAGCUCAUCCGCAAGAAAUCCAAGAACCACAUCCAGUGGAUGGGGACAGGGAUCUUUGAGGAUGCAGCAAUGGUGACGAAGCAACAAGUGCUGCAUGAGGAACUGGCUGAACUGGCUAGGACAGAGAGGAUGCUGGACCAGCUCGCGCAGGACUGUGCCCUGCAGAUCCAGCAGCUGGCUGACAAUGAGUCCAACCAGAGGCUGGCAUAUGUCACCUACCAGGACCUCCGUGCCAUCAGCAGCUUCCAGGAGCAGACGGUGAUUGCCGUGAAGGCUCCCCCUGAGACGCAGCUGGAGGUGCCAGACUUCAGCCAGGAGAAUUUCCAGCUCUACUUGAAGAGCACCAAUGGCCCCAUCGAGGUGUACCUCUGCCCAGAGGACAUCAUGGAGGAAAGCCCCAACAAGGACCACCCUGUACCCUCUGCUGUCACUUCCCCACAGGACCACUCUGUACCCCUUUGCCUGACAAACAGCUCCCCAUCAGCCACACAGCCACUCCACCCCAUCUCCCAGAGCUGGGGCAGCACAGGAACUCCUCUCUCACCCCCAUCUCUGCCUCUCCCAAUCCAGGGGGGACCCAGCUCACUGCUGGAGAUGGAGCCUGGGCUCCUGGGCUCCCCUGCCCACCUUCUGCAGCAGACAGAGGAUCAGCUGCCAUACACCCCCUCCCGCCUGGAGCUGGGACCCUUCGUUGCUUUCUCGCCCCCCCUGGAAGAGGAUGACUAUCUCUGGGGGCUUGAGGGUGAGGGUGUAACAGACCUCUUUGAGACAUAUGACCUGGGAGACCUGCUGAAGCACUGA